AUGGCAGAUGUGUUUGGAAGAGAUAUUGGUGGUGAGGGUCUUGUUCAUGGUGAACAUGAGAACCCCCGAGAGACAACCCAUCACAUGGGUGUACAACCACCCACGGGCAGGGAGGAUGAUAAAAAGGUGAUAGUAGAAAAGCUUUUGUCGAAUCACUCUACAGAGACAAGUAAGGCACAGAAGGGUGGUGUUUCUAUUAUUUCUAUUAUACUAAGGGAAGUAUGCAAGGGAUCUGGAGAAAACCCUGAUUGUUCCUUGAGUGAGUUGUGCUCACAAUUACGGAACGAGCUCUCAAAGGGAAAAUUUUUGUUGGUCCUAGAUGAUGUGUGGGAACUGAAAUGGUGGGAGCAAGAGGUAGAGGGAACAUUGAUGAUGGGUGUAAUGGGGAGCAAUAUUUUGAUGACCAGUAGAAACAAAAAUGUAUCGUAUGGGAUGCGUGCUUCUUAUAUGCAUCAAUUAUGA